CGAGGAGGGAACAGGUGGAGAAUAGCUGAUAUUGAACUAUGUGGACGCCUGUGGCGGAGAUCUUGGUCUUGGUGGCCGUUUGGGUCAUAUUAUUACAUGAAUGUGCGGCGGCGCGGAAGGCUGAGUACGAUGCCGUGAUUGUUGGAGGAGGCCUGACUGGGUGAGCACACUCAACUCACUCAGUUGAUGGAUGCAUCUGUCUGUCUGUCUUUCUGCUCCAUCCAUCUGCCCUCAAUCAUUCAUUCAAUGCAUGCAGGUUGAGCCUCGCCCAUCAGCUCAAAAAGGCCGGUAUCGACAAGUUUGUCGUUUGUGAGGGCAGCAGCAGGCUAGGCGGCAAUGUUAUCUCAAGAAAAAUGAGGGGCGGCUUCCUGAUUGAACAAGGUACACCAAGUGAGUGCACGCGUGGAACACACACGUGGCACGGCAUCCAUCUCUUGCUUCCUUCUCGGUAUGUUUGCUACUAACCUGUCUGCUUGCUGGUCGGUCAAGGCCCGAAUUCUUUCCAGCCGGUCGAGGAGAUGCUGGAGGUGGUGAGCGAUUUAGAUCUGUCGCUGGUGUACAGCAACCCCAAGCUGCCGCGGUUCGUCUACCACGGCGGCAAGAUGCACCGGCUGCCGUCAAGUCUCAAGGACUUCCUCAGCCCCUCCUUCACACUCCUCAGUGGUUGGGCCAAGGCUCGUCUGGCCAUCGGCAUGGUCGGCUUCAGAAAGGGAAAGCCACACACCGAUGAUGAAAGUGUCAAAGGGUAGGCGCGACGCAGCAAGGAAACACGUACGUACCCUUGUUUGUGUGUAUGAGUUGUGUCUGUUCUGCCUGCAGGUGGUUUGAGAGAAAUCUCGGCCCUUGUGUGUAUGCGAAGAUUGUAGAGCCCUUUGUGUCAGGUGGGUUUAAGAUGGCACAGCAUACUUGUGAGGGACGGCAUUACCGCUCGGGGCCAGCACAGCACAUAUACUAUCAUUCAUGUGUGCAGGCGUGUAUGCUGGAGAUGCGAGCCGUCUGGCAAUGAGAUCAGCGUUCCCCAGAAUAGCCGGUACACACAAAACCAAGACAUCCGGCUGGCUGGCUGGCUCAUUCAUUAUAUUUGCUUUCCUGGUCGUGCAUCCGUCAAUUGCUCAGCUCUUGAGCAGGGACCCGGCACCGCAGGCAUCCUCUGGGGCGCUUUGGCGCGUGCACGGCAGCGCAAGAGAGCCAAGAGGGAGUAUCAACUGCCGUCGCCACCACCCAGGGGCGCGCUGGCGAGCUUCGAGGGCGGCAUUGAGCAGCUGCCCCGCGCCCUGGCCGAGAAGCUGGGCAGGAAGGCGUGUCGGACGGGGUGGCGGUGUGUGGACAUUGCCAAGGACAAUAAGGGGGGUGAUUUCGUCACGACUUUCCGGCUGCCCUUCGGCCGUCGUCGGCGUGUGACGAGCAAGGUUGUGGCGCUCGCUCUUCCAGCACACCGUAAGCCGUGACCCACCCACUGACUGCCGGAACCCAUGCGUACGUAUCCUUUUGACUGGCUGGGCUGUUUGCUGCCUUUGUCCGUCACGUCAGGUGUGUCCGGUCCCCUCCGGCACCUGGUACCUGAGGCGUCGGAGCUGAGUUCAAUCCCGCACCCCUUCGUCGCCACAGUGGCGCUCGCGUACCCGGACGAUGCAUUUCGCCAGCCCCUGCGCGGCUUCGGCAACCUCAUACCGAGGAGCGAGGGCCUGCGGCACCUGGGGUCCAUCUACGCCUCGUCGCUCUUCCCCGGAAGAGCGCCCAAGGGAUGGCAGAUGCUCACGAACUUUGUCGGCGGCAGUCAUGACCCGGCAGCCGAGAAGCUUAGCAACAGGGUAUGCAUGCAGAAAUGCUCACAUCCAUCCAUACGCCUGUUGUGCCCUUCCUUCACCUUCAGCAACUAUCUCGGGUCGUGGAUCGGGAGCUGCGCAAGACAGUGCUUCGUGAUGGCUACAGGGGGCGGGGGAGGGUGCUGGGCGUCAAGCGGUGGCCGUCAGCCAUACCACAACCGGGCCAAGGACACGAGGACCUGCUGUCUCGUGUGCAGGCCGGUGUCUCACGACAUGUGGGCUUGUUUGUCGAUGGGUCGUGGUCCUCUGGCAUAUCUGUCGGUGACCGCAUCAAGGCCGGCAAGCUGCUGGCGGCGGAUGUGCUGAAUGCAGUCAUCAGGAAGAGAUUCGAGCGACAGUGAGGGCGGUGUGACAUUAUGACAAUGGGAGAUGGGAGUUAGUUAAGGACUUUUCUAGUCGAUUGAUCAAUCGUCUUUUGCUGAAUGCGAAUAGCCGACUGUGGCAGACCGACGAGAGAGAAGGGUGAGACAAGCAACAUCCUGGC